AUGAAAGACGUCAUCGAGAUGAACAUGGAUCAAAAUGCGCUGCAUAUGCACGAUGAAGAUCUGAUCACGUACCAUGAGCUCAAGCUCCCAGAGUGUGACGAGUUGGUCCACGAGCUUGAGCCGUACUCGGCUCAGCUUUUUGGCAAGCAUGGCUCGCCUGACUUUCCGACUGUUGAACAGGACGAGGCCUGCAAGAUCAUGUGUGCUAGGAUUCAUCACCACAUUGAAUCGAUCUGCCAUCUAGCGUUGGCGGAUAAAGAGGGCGAUAUGGUCGUCGGAACGGAUUCCCCAGGGAAAGAAUCGAGCCGCUCUUCGUCCGAAACAUCUCCGUCGAGGGGUUCGAUCACACGUCUUGGUGCCGAUCGCCGUUGUAGUGCCAUGGUUGCGGACUACAUUAACCGCUUCCAAGAGACUCAAAUGUUCAGCAUGUUUACACUGCAAGCCCAAGACGCGCAGAACGAAAGUGACGAAGGCGAUGCCGAACACGACGACAGCGAACACGAUGAGCACAACGAUGAAGAGUAUCACUAUGAGAUUGAAGAUGCUUCGUUUGCUCCCAACAGGAAUAGAUCUCUAGUAGCGGAAUAA